CGGCCUAUGCGGACAGUCUGCGUAACCUUCUGCUGCUUUAUUCCAACGUUUCCACUCACUUUCCGCUGCGCAAUUGCAGAUUUGAUUUUGCCGUUUUCCACAGCAUGUCCUUCCCCAAACCUAAAAAGCCCACAUACCGUAUCUAUGACGCAUAUGAAGUAUCUUUGAGUAAUUGUGGCUUUGGCAAACACUCACCAUGGCUCGCCGAUACUUAGACAAAAUUGCUCUUGGGGAAACUAUACCUAUAAGCCCACUUCUCCUUCCAGCCGGAACCACCGGCUUGUUCACCUCCAGUGCUCUACUGACAACCAAUUCCUCUUGAGGCAACUGCGACCUUCUUGGCGAAUGAUCGCCCAUCUUGGAGGAAUAUCACCCACCUUGAAGGAACUUCACCCAGUCUCUUGAAGAGCCGCCUGACGACAUGGCCCGCCAAAAGCAGAGUUGCGCGUACACGACGCUGAUAACGCGGUCGUCUUACCUCGCCGGCGUCAUCCUCCUCGCCUACACGCUGAAGAAGCUUGGUUCCGCGUAUCCCCUCGUGGUGUUCUACACGGACAACGUCCCCGCGGCCUCCUUGGCCGCGCUGCGCGCCGAAGCACCCCACAGCAACCUGAUCUUGGCGCGCACGAGCGCGCUCGUGCCUCGCGCCAACGUUAAAGUGCACUUGAUCGCGGAGCGGUUCGGCGACACUUGGACGAAGCUGCGCGUAUUCGAACAUGAGGCGCUCAGACGCUACGAGCGCGUCUGCUAUCUCGACGCCGACAUGAUGAUAUGUAACCGCAACAUGGACGAAAUCUUCGACGUGCGGCUCCGCGGCGACGACUGGCUCGCCGCUAACCACGCGUGCGUCUGCAACAGGGACAAGGAUCCUUGGGCGCCGGCGAACUGGACGACAGAGAACUGCGCCUUCACGCCCGUGUCGCACCCGAUGGCGGAGCCGACCCCGGUUACCCCGGAUUCUCGUCCAACGUACCACCUCCUCAACUCGGGUAUGUUUUUGUUUGCGCCCAGCCAGCAACUGUGGGAUCGGAUGCUGGAGCUCUUCAACACGACGUCCAAGCUUGCCGAAUUCAAGUUCCCGGACCAGGAUUUCCUAGCAGAGUUUUUCCGCGGCCGCUGGCAGAGCGUUGGCUGGCAGUACAACGCGUUGAAGACGAUGCGGUACUGGCACCCGGACAUGUGGCACGACGACGAGGUGGUGUGCUUGCACUACAUAGUGGACAAGCCAUGGGCGGCGCGGAUCGGGCCUGACGGGACGGCGGGCUACCUGGGCAGGGACGGCGAGACGCACCGGUGGUGGUGGAACGAGUACGCGGCGUGGCAGGCGGAGCGGAACGAGCAAGGUGAGCGGCAACUCUUGGAAACGGUUGCCAACCGGGUGCAAGCAUUCGCAAAGAACAAACCGCCGGAGGUAAAGAAGAGCGAGGAGCAGCUGGCCUACUAG